AUGGACAACGAGAAGUCUAUCCCAGCACAUACGUCUUCGGCAAUGGUCGAAGAUAUUCAUGAGUACGAUGAGCGUGAAGGCUAUGUAAUCGACUUAGCAGCUGAGACGGGCAACGUCAAACUGGCAGCAGAUGGUCACACCCGCCUCAUUCCACAACCUAGCGACGACUCGAACGACCCGUUGAAUUGGUCCUGGACCAAGAAACAUGUGGUCCUCUUCAUUGUCUCCUUUGCUGCUUUUCUGCCAGACUAUGGCAGUGCAACUGGAGCAGUCACUUUACUGCCACAAGCUGCACAAUGGCAUAUGACUGAAGAUCAUGUCAACCAUUCGCAGGUUGGAAACGUUUUCAUGUUAGGUGCAGGAGGACUUGUUGUGGUUGCCCUUAGCGCAUACUUCGGUCGGCUUCCUGUCAUGUUCUACUUUCUCGUCGUUGCAACAGCCACUACCGUCUGGUGCGCAGCAGCUACAACCUUCGAAUCAUUUAUGGCUGCCAGAAUCCUGAAUGGCUUCUUUUCAACCGUGAGCCAAGGUGGUGGUCUCAUGUUCAUUUAUGAUAUGUUCUACUUCCAUGAACGAGCUCGCAAAAUCAAUAUCUGGGCUGCCUUCAUCAUACUGUCGCCUUACCUCGGCCCACUACUGGCAGCGUUCAUGAUCGCUUCAAAGCCAUGGCCAGUACCCUUCUGGGUGUACACAGCUGAGACAGUACUCGCUCUGGUACUCACAAUACUUUUCGUUGAGGAGACCUUUUACGAUCGCCGCAUCGCACCUUCUGCUCAGCCAUCACCUGGCACAAGAGUAUCACGACUGCUAGGCAUCAGCCAAUAUCGAUCUCGACAUCUCCGGAAUUCACUCAUUCAAGCAUUCUCCAGACUAUUCAUCGUAAUUGCAAAGCCAACCGUCUUUCUGGCUUGCCUGUACUACCUUCUCACCUUUGCUUGGGUCGUCGGCAUCAAUACUACCCUGGCCAUAUUUCUUACUCCACUGUACAACUUUGGCCCCACACAAAUUGGAUACUUCUACUUCACACCAGUGGUUGCAGUAAUACUAGGAGAGAUUUCCGGCCACUUUUUGCACGAUUUUCUUGCCAAACAGUAUAUCCAAUCUCACAAGGGACAUUUUGAGCCAGAAGUCCGUCUGCGGGCAAUAUUUGUGUCCCUGCCUUUUAUGGUCGUUGGUCUUGUGGUUCUUGGCCAAAGCUUAGAAGAGGGUUGGCAUUAUAUGGCAACCUCGAUCUCAUGGGGCCUGUAUGUGUUCGGGAUCAUGAUCACUACCGUCGCCCUGAACGCAUACUGCCUGGACUCGUAUCCAGAAGCCAGCGGUGAGGUUAGCGCAUGGCUCAAUAUGAACAGAACUUUGGGAGGCUUCAUAAUAAGCUAUUUUCAGGUAUCGUGGGCGCAGAGUCAAGGAACCAAGAUCAGUUUUGGUAUACAAGCAGCAAUUGUGGCUGGGUCAUUUGGCUUCAUUAUUACGCUCAUGGUUUUUGGAAAGGCAAUGAGGCUUAAGAGCGGUGCUUUGAACUUCAAGACUGCCUAG